AUGGCUGAUUCUGGGAAUGAACAAAUUGGAGAAUCCUCAAGCUCUAGAAAAAGAUCAAGGAGGCAGAAGCUGUGUAACAGACAUUCUGUGGAACAAAUUCAGCAGCUUGAAACAUAUUUCAAGGAAUGUCCACAUCCAGAUGAGAACCAGCGACGCAAACUGAGUAGGGAAAUAGGGCUUGAUCCUAAGCAAAUCAAGUUUUGGUUUCAAAACAAAAGGACACAAACAAAGGCACUAAGUGAGAGAGCAGACAACAAUAUUCUUCGAACAGAAAAUGAAAGAUUUCAUUGUGAGAAUAUGGCAAUGAGAGAGGCACUGAAAAAUAUUAUUUGCCCACACUGUGAUGGUCCACCCCCUGGAGAAGAAGAAAGAAAACGUAAUUUGGAAAAAAUGAAAAUGGCAAAUCAACGAUUGAGAGAUGAGCAUGAAAGAAUAUCUAAUUUAAUCUCCAGUUUUGUGGGAAGGUCAUUUGCAAUGACUUCACAAUUAGCACCACAAAAUACUGUUGGAUCAUUAUCAAGUUCAUCUGAUGAAAGUUUGGUUAGCCAAAAUAUAGUUGGUUCUCCCAUUGAAAAUCAACUAAAUAAUGUUCGAGGAAAUUCAACAGCUAAUAUUCCACCGCGGCCGUUACCAUCACCACCACCACCACCAUCAAUAAUUCAAGAAAACGAAGAAAUUCGUGUUGACCGAGAAAAAUCAUUAAUAUUUGGGAGUGUUAUUAGUGCAACAGAUGAAAUUGUGGAGCUUUUGCAAAUGAAUGAACCAAUUUGGAUUAAGUCACAAAUUGAUGGGAGAUAUUUUAUUUAUCGUGAUAGUUAUGAAAAGAUUUAUCCAAAGCCAAAUCAACCUUAUAAAUCAUCUGCUGCUCGUAUUGAAUCAUCAAAGGAAUCUGGAGUUGUGACAAUGACUGCAAUUGAGCUGAUUCAAAUAUUUCUUGAUCCAGUCAGAUAUAUGAACAUGUUUCCUACUAUUGUCACAAAAGCUAGGACAAUUGAAGUUGUUGAUACUGAGAAUUUCGGAGGUUCUGUACAAUUGAUGUAUGAAAAGUUACAUAUUCUAUCUCCUCUUGUGGGAGCAAGAGAUUUUUUCUUCAUUCGUUGUUGUCGACAACUUGAUCCAACAACAUGGACAAUGGUUGAUGUUUCAUAUGAUAACUUAAGAGAAAUUCAAAGUGGUGGACCUUCUCAGACAUGGAAGUUUCCUUCUGGUUGUGUUAUUCAAGAUUUGGGCAAUGGGAAAAGUAUGGUUACUUGGCUUGAGCAUGUUCAUGUGGAUGACAAAACUCAUACUAAUCGUCUCUAUAGAGAUUUAGUGUGUGGUCGUCAAACAUUUGGAGCUAAGAGAUGGAUAAUUAGUCUUCAAAGGAUGUCUGAGAGACACAAUUUUGCAAUGGGUGCAAACAAUCAUGAUUUAGAAGGAGUGAUUGGUGCACUAGAAGGAAAGCAAAAUGUCAUGCAAAUAUCUCAAAGGAUGGUGAAGAGUUUUUGUGAAAUACUAAGUAUGGGAGAUAGAUUAGAUUUCCCUACUUCAUCAGAGAUGACAAAUAGUGGAGUUCGAGUUUCAUUUAGAAAAAAUGAAGAUAUAAGUCAACCAAAAGGCUUGAUUGUUACUGCUGCUACUUCCCUAUGGCUUCCUCUUUCAUUUGAUACUGUUUUUAAUUUCUUCAAAGAUGACAAGACAAGACCUCAGUGGGAUGUUUUAACCAAUGGGAAUGCUGUGGGUGAGUUAGCCCAAAUACCAACAGGAUUUUUUCCUGGAAAUUGUAUUUCAAUAAUUCAGCCUUAUGUGCCAAAGGAGAACAACAUGUUAUUGCUUCAAGAAACCAAUAUUGAUCCAAUGGGAGCCUUUAUAAUCUAUGCACCAAUAGAUUUACCAACAGUUACUUCAAUUAUCAAUGGAGCAGACACCACCCAAAUUCCCAUAUUGCCCUCUGGUUUCAUCAUAAGUCCUGAUGGUCGUCUUGCCGCGGAUAGGGACAGUAAUGGAAUUUCACAAACCGGUUCGCUGUUGACUGUGGCUUUUCAAAUAUUGGUUUCUGCCAAUAAUAAUAAUAAUAAUAAUAAUUUAAUUUCCAAGCAGGAAAAUAUGGAGGCAGUGGCUAAUGUGCAUACACUUUUGAGCUCUACAGUUCAAAAGAUCAAAGUUGCAUUGGACUGCGCUGAUUAA